CACAUCUCACCAGAGUCACCCCAAUACUGUACAGAGCAAGACCAUGGGUUGUUGUGCCAGCAAUCUGAAGCUCAAGGAGCUGAACCUGAACAGCAGCAUCUACUUGGCGGCUGGCGGCGGCUCGGGCUCGGGAAGUCGCUCCCUGAAGCGGCUGUACAGCAGCCGGAACAGCAGCGGCGUGGGCAGCAGCUCAGCCUCCUCGAAGAACUCCUCCAGCCGCAGCAUUUGGAGCCGGUCCAGCCAGCCGAUCUGCGACGACUUCGCCGAGCAGCCCCAGCUGGACAGGUCCUGCGGCUACUACACCUGCAGCAGUGCCAGCUCGUCGCCCAGGAAGCUGGAGGAGAACGACGAUGCCGACGAGGCGGAGGAGGAGGCGGUACUGAUGCGCACCCAGGACAUGAGCCAGGCCUCCCAGUCGCGCAGCUCCACGCCAUCGCCCCAGAUGACCGGCAACCUGGAGUGGGAGAUGUACAUGAUGCAGCAGGCGCAGCGCAUCAUGCCAAAGACCUCGUCGCCCAUCAGCCAGAGGAGGGGCACGGGCCACAUCCCGGCCUCGUCCUACCAGAAAUGGCGCAACUACCUGCAGUCCACGCCAGCACACAUGCUGCACAACGUUACCCACAUCCCGGAGGCCAUUGCCGGCCACUUCUGCCCCACCGGCUUUCCGGGCUUCAGCGACCUGGAGGAGAUGGAGAGUGCGGCCAAGCGGUUCAAGGUGGAUCUGGCGGGGGAGCCACUGGAGGAGCCGCUGUACACCACCUACCAGCUGCUGGCUGGCCACACGCACACCAUAUCGACAGACCUGUGAGGCGAGGGCAUCCCAACCCCCUCAAUCGCACCGUCUCCGCUUGGCUCGGAGUGGUUCGGCGAUUGAUGGACCCGGCGAGGACUGGCAACAGGUGUGCCAG